AUGCCGGAACACACACCUGCGCCAACACCACAUAGGGCGGUGUAUGGAUUUGGUUUCUAUUUGCUAUUCUUUACUCUGUUCAUUCUGUAUUUAAUGUGGGCGCUUUUACCAACAGAGAGUUGGGGUCUCAACUAUCUGCCAGAUAAAUAUUUCGCUGCAUAUUUACCCAUACUUGUGCUCAUGGGCAUGUUUGUUUUUGAGUUCUUCAUAUAUCCGGCAAUUGGCCUGGCUAUGACUCCUAAUGUAGAUGAAGUGGAAUCCGUAAUGGAUACGGCUUUAUUAAUGCGACAUGCAGAAAGUGAUAAAAUAGCAAAGAACCAAAUUAAUUGCCCGUGGGCGCAACUGAGGUACGUUAAACAAGUGACACCUCCAAAAGAACGUAAAGUGCUUCCCAAUUGUGAAUUUUGUCAUGGCACACAUCGCUUGCCAGCAGCACAUGAACAGAUAUCAACGUUGCGGUUUUUAGAUUUACAGGACGUGAAUAGUAUUUUUGAUUAAAAUUUUAAAAAUAAAAUAUAUACGUUUGCGUUUGAGAA